AUAAAUAUGCCCCUGUGUUAGGCCCCAUCCCAUUUGUUAUUUGCAUUUGCUAACCUUGUGGCCCUGGGCUAGGGUGCAUAUUCUAUAAAAAUUGCACAAGUCUGGAGUACUUUCUUGAAGCUAGUUGGGCUACCCACUGGGCAGGCACAUGUACACUAUAGUAUUUUUGUUUUGUUCUAUAUGUUGUGCAUGCAUGAGCCCACUCAACUGGGUGCUGAGGUUAAUCGAGUAAUUGGCUGCAACACAUUGGCACAUUGUUCUCCAAAAAAUAACCUGGGCGGUGUGAUAUUUAUGUAAUAGGUGCACUGGCUAGGCUACAAGGAAUAUUGGGAAGUAUCGUGAACUAUGUAUUACACAUUUUAUCAAUGGUUCCUAAGAAUUAUGUAUCGCACACUUUGUAAAACGUUUUUAAGAGUGUUUUAAUGGUUAAUAUAUCAAUCAAACAAUUAUGUAUGCUAAUGCUGUGACUAUUUAAUCAUGUGCACUGAUGAGUCUGUAUGCCUGAUGAAGGGGUAUGCCCCCGAAACGUUGCUGUCUUGAAUAAACACGCAGGGGCUAAGCCCCGCUUGCACCAUACUUGUUGUGCUGGCUGAAAAUUUUUCAUUAGGCUACAGGGUUACCAUGUAAGCGUAGUAGGGGUACAUGGUGUUUUAACCUUUACUUCUACUUUAAUUAUGUUGUGUUACACAAAUCGUUGUGUAUUAUGAAAAAUAAUGUACAUUUUGAAUUCCAUGACCUUUAUAAAAACAGUUGUAUGCCCUCAAUCUUUAUACUGUCAUGGAAAUAAUGCAAUUCUAAGCUCCCUAUAUACUACAGUCGCAAUAAAUAAACCUUACAAAACACAAAAACCUAAAAAGUUACUAUGAACUGUAGCUCAAAGAGAAACAGUGUGUCACGUACAUAACAUUUUUUAAUUCAAUACUUCUGCUGUACCUGACGACAGAAUAUGUGAAGCAAUUAUACAAAGUCAAAAGUAGCUUUGCAUUAGUUAAACUCUGUUGCAGCCUAUUUCCAUGAAGAAUGGCGUACUGUUACACCAAUACUAAACUAGUGAAAGCGUUCCUCUGACUCCUAGCAUAUAAAUGACAGGCUAGCGCUGACUGUAGCUUUCCCAGGGUGGGUGGGUCUUGUGCCCCACGUGGUAUUAACAUCCGGCUCGGGCUGACUGAGCGCUAUGCGUCACGUGACUCGGCGGCAUCUUGCUGUGGAAAGCUCGCCACCUAACAUGGCUUCCUCGGACACCACGACUGAGCGGAAAAAAUUGGCUGACCUGCGUGUUAUUGAUCUCAAAACUGAGCUAAAACGUAGGGGCCUCGAUGUGUCCGGAGUGAAGAACGUUCUCAUGUCUCGGCUAAAACAGGCAAUUGAAGAAGAAGGAGGUGAUACUGAUAAUAUUGAAAUAACUGUCAAUUCUGAUACUCCAAAGAAAAAUUCAAAGAACAAAGGAAGAAAGAUGGAGGCUGAUGAGUCAGGCUGUGAAGCUUCAGUGGAAGAAGAUUCUGUCAAGGAUAAUGAACUCGAGACUCAAGAUGUAAGUGAUCAAGAUGGCAAUGAUGAGCUAAAGGACUCUGAGGAGAAUGAAGAAGAAAGUGCUACUUUUGUUAAUGUACUAUCUACAGAAGAGGAAAAUGAAACAAAGCAAACAUCUCAUUGUGACAACCCUGAGAAAGGGUCUGACAUCCAGGCAGAAGAAGCAGAGGAAGAUGAAAAGAAAGGAGGGAAUGAGUCAGAACUGACAAUCAAAGAAGAAAUGGAAACUAGCUCCUCCCUGAAAGAAGCUGAUGAUGAUAACGUAUCUGUCACAAUCCAGGCUGAAGAUGCUAUAACGCUCGAUUGUGAUGGGGAUGACCUCCUAGAAACAGGUAAAAAUGUGAAAAUUGCAGAUUCUGAGACAAGCAAGCCAAAAGAUGAGCAGGAGGCGAGUGACCCCAAGGAUGGCCUGGAGGAUCAAAAGGAUGUGAUGUCCGAGAACCAGAAAGAUGAAAAAGAGGAGAGUGGGAAAGGAGAUGCUGUUAAGAAAGAUGGCAGAGAAGCUUCAAAGAAAACUGAAUCUGGAGAAAAAGACAAGGAUUCUCAGAAGAAAGGUGCCUCUUCUACAGGGGCUACUGGUCAAGCAAAGAGUUCAUCUAAAGAUGCUAAAGAAAGCAAGUCAGCAUCCAAAGAGGAUAAAGGUAGUACUAGUGGCACAAGUGGGAGUUCUACACGCAAUCUUUGGGUCAGUGGACUUUCGUCUAACACAAAGGCGGCUGAUCUCAAGAAUCUAUUUGGAAAAUAUGGAAAGGUACUUAGUGCAAAGGUGGUUACUAAUGCACGAAGUCCAGGAGCAAAAUGCUAUGGAAUUGUAACUAUGUCAUCAAGUGCUGAUGUGGCUAGAUGCAUCUCUCACCUUCACAGAACAGAAUUGCAUGGCCAGCAGAUCUCUGUAGAAAAGGUUAAAAAUGAUCCUUCAAAGAGAGACAUUAAAAAAGAUAGUGAUGAGAAACUUGGUUCUGGUAGAACAUCCGGAGAGAGAAAAUCUUCUGGAGGGGAUAAAAGUAGCAAAACACAGAGUUCAGUGAAAAAAGAUGAUAGGAGAUCAUCUGACAAGCAAGAGAAAAAGGAUGGCAAAGAACUAAAAAAAGACAGCAAGGAGAAGAGUGAAAGUGGUACCACUGUGGCUUCUCCUGAAUCUUCAAAGAAGAAUGAAGAAAGGAAAAAGCCAGGAGGCAAAAGUCCUGGGCAGAUGGUGGUUAUAGACCAAACAAAAGGAGAUCAAGUUUAUGCAAGGCCGCCAAUAAGAAGAGGGCGUUUUGAUAAAAUGAGAAACAGGGAAGGGAAGUUUUUUCAAAACAAAAUGAAGUUCAGAGAGUUCAGAGACAGAAAAGACAUCUUGACAUUUGAAAAAAUGAAACAGCAAAGGAUCAGAGAGAAAGUGGAACGACUAGAGCGAAUACAGCGAUUUCGCAGAGCAGUUGAAUUGCGAAGAAGCAGAGAAAUGGCUGAAAGAGAAUGCCGGGAAAGGGAGCGCAUUAGAAUAAUGCGCGAGCGAGAAGAACUUGACCGUUUGCAGAGGGAAAGAGAGAGACUUGAGAUAGAAAGGCAAAAAUUGGAAAGGGAAAGAAUGGAACGUGAAAGACUGGAGCGAGAGAGAAUUCGCAUUGAACAGGAGCGUCGAAGAGAGGCAGAGCGUAUUGCUCGUGAGAGAGAAGAAUUGCGUCGGCAACAAGAACAGCUUCGUUUUGAACAAGAAAAGAGGAAUUCUCUGAAGCGCCCAAGAGAUGUUGAUCACAGGCGAGAGGAGCCAUUCUGGAAUGAAAACAAAAAGAUGGCAAUUGAUACAGAUUCCCGUUUCAGCCAUGGGUCUGAUUUUAAUCGCCAGCAAAACAGAUUUAAUGACUUUGAUCACAGAGACAGAAAUCGGUAUUCUGAGGGAUCAAAUGUAUCUUCAUUUGAAAGGCGUGAUCGAUUUGUGAGCCCAGGAGAAGGCAAAAAAGGGCGUGCAACAAUGGAAAACUUUAACAAGAAUUUCACAGAUUCUAGAAGAAAUGAGCAGGCACAACCAAGAAAUGAUAUUCGAGACACUGAUAGGAGAGAAGUUAGGGACCAAGAUGACAGAAGACCAGUGGGGAUUGAAAGAACGGGUGGUAAUAGAAAUGAUGGACAGAGUCAUGACCGAGGAAGACUUGGCAAUCCAGAAAUACAGCAUGGUCGCCAAAGGGAUUCCGGAAACAACCAAGGGCGGUCAGGCACUUGGAAGGGAGAUGGAGGAAUAUCCGCAGACAAGCGGGAAGCAAGGGGCGACAGGACAGACCGACCAGGAAGAGAGAGCACUGGGCAGCCAUCACGUGGUGGUCAUGCCAGCCGAGGAGGAAAACCGGGCUACACAGGCAGAGAUAGUGAUCGGUCAAUCAUUGUGGGUGACAGAGGAAGCAGUGGGCAACAUUUUAGUGAAGGAAGACAAGUUGUAGAGCGUCAAGGCAGAGACACAGGUGGUCCCAGAAAAGAUUGGCACGCACCAAGCUCACAGGGCAGCGGAUACAAUGCAAGGCGAAUGUCUGAUGGGCGCAGUGGAGGCAUGAUGUCUAGUAAUCCUGCCAUUAACAGAGUGGUACAAAUGCCAGGGGGAUCCAUGCAGAGGGGCAGUGGGUCUGGAUUUAAAUCUUAUAAAGGGGCGCCGCAGAGAAGAUACUGAACAUGAGAUGGCUUGGUUUUGUGAUAACUUAUUACAUUCUUGUAAACUAAACUCAACAGGGUGUUGAGCAAAUCAUUUGACUGAAUUUUUUUUUUUUUUUUAAAUAUACAUUUUAAUUCUUUGUUCCAUAAAAGAGGACUUUUAAUGAUGCAGUUAAUUAAUCCAGAGGCCUUCCCAAGAUAAGGCACUACUCAUUUGGAGCCAACUAAAUGCUGUCUGCUAAAAGUGCCGUAACUGCACCAAGCUGUGUUUUAGGCAUCAGAGGAGCUACAGCAAUACAGGCUAAAGACUAAAAUGGUGUUUAUAAACCACAAUUCUCCUCUUCUCUCCCAAAAGUUGUAGAAACCGUUUUAUUUCAUAAGACGAACCUCGCACACUACUUCAAACAAUGUAGAUUCAUUCCUACUAGGAAUAUUUUUUUUCCAUGUUUGAAUGUAAAGUUACUAUGUGCUACUUUUGUAAAUCUUCGCCACAAUAAUUUUUCCUUCUUUGUCCUGUGCCCUUUUUAGGUGGUAUAAAUAAAACUGUUUUGUUUCUGU